AUGCCACAAAAAACGAAUUCCAUCACUGUACGAUACAAGACAACGAAAACAAGAGACCUUCCGGCAUUAAUCUGCCGCACGUGCGGUCACCAAUGUAUGGGUAAGUCAGGCCUAACUCUACACCGUAUGCCACGACACGGGUAUCAACCUAUUCGCGCGCACACCAGCCAACGCGACGAAUGCGACGAAACAGCUCUGCACCUCUUGAGUUGCCCCGCUCUUCAUCCACUGCGAGUUCAAUUUGCGAUAGUUGAUGAUGUACCCCUGAUGAAACCAUGUUUUUCUAAGCGGUUAGCACAGUUCCUUAUUGCGGUGGAGUGGAACUACACUAUGCCACAGACUUCACAACCAAGAAACCCUACACAGCCUACCUCCCCCUCUGUAAGGCCUCCCCAGCUCUCUAAAAUCAGCGACGAGCUCGAAUAUGGAAACCCUGAUAGAAGAGUAAGCUCAAGGCGUCUAUCGCCGACCAAACAAGUAACAAAAUAA